AUGGACCUUCAGGAGACGCAACGUCUUCUGUCCGAGUACCUACAUGAACUCGCGAACCUCUUCCACCGCGUCCCCGGUUCCGCAAUCUUCCUUCGCUACGUGAAAUCGAGUUACCAAGAUGACCCCAUUCGCUCGGCUGUCGAAUUGUUUCUCUUUCUCUUCGCCGUGCGCUACUUGCUAGCCCCGAAAUACUCGACCAAGCCCGGCGUGGUGCCGUUGACAGAAGACGAGAUUGAUGACCUCGUAGACGAGUGGACGCCCGAGCCACUUGUGGGAAAGCCUUCUACCUUGGAGGAAAUGGAAGUCGAUAAGCGGACGGUGAUCGUGGGUCCUGUCGGUCCCAAGUCCAAACUUGCUAACGGCCGCACCGUCACGAAUCUCAGCUCGUUCAAUUUCUAUAACUUCAACACCAACGAGGCCCUCAAGGAGUCGGCCAUCCAGACCCUCCGGGCCUACGGUGUCGGUCCCUGUGGCCCGCGAGGUUUCUACGGAACCCAGGAUGUCCAUAUGAAGACCGAGGCAGACGUGGCAUCGUUCCUCGGCACUGCGGCUUGUAUUAUGUACUCUCAGGCAUUUUCCACCAUCUCCAGUGUCAUUCCUGCGUUCUCGAAGCGUGGUGACAUUAUUGUUGCCGAUAAGGGUGUCAGCUAUGCUAUUCGGAAGGGUAUUCAGAUUUCCCGCAGUAUCGUCCGUUGGUAUGAGCAUAAUGACAUGGAGGACUUAGAGCGGGUGCUCGCCAAGGUUACCAAGGAGCAAGCACGCAAGCCAUUGACUCGGCGGUUCAUUAUUACCGAGGGCCUUUUCGAGUCUUAUGGCGACAUGGUGGAUCUUCCGAAGAUUAUCGAGUUGAGACUCAAGUAUAAGUUCCGUCUCAUCCUCGACGAGACAUGGUCGUUCGGUGUCCUAGGCCGCACUGGCCGUGGUAUUACCGAGCAUCAGAACGUUGACGCAGCCGAGGUCGAUAUGAUCGUGGGGUCACUGGCUGGUCCUCUUGUGGCAGGCGGAGGCUUUUGUGCCGGCUCUGAGGAGAUUGUGCACCACCAGCGGAUCUCUGCUGCGGCAUACACCUUCUCUGCAGCGCUUCCCGCUCUCCUAUCCACCACUGCCAGUGCCUGCAUCAAUCUUCUCCAAAACAACCCUGACACGGUCUCGCAGCUCCGGGAAUACGUCAAGGCCAUGCGGGCUCAGCUUGAUCCUCGCAGUGACUGGGUGUACUGUACCAGUUCGCUUGAGAAUCCCAUUCUCAUCCUGGUUAUCAAGUCUGAGGUCGUAGCUUCGAAGAAGCUCUCCUACGAAGAUCAACAGUUUUUGCUUCAGGAUGUUGUCGACGAGUGCCUGGCCAACGGAGUCCUGAUCACCCGCCUCAAGACUCUGGAAGACAACUUCCAGCCGAAGCAAGUCGUUCCAGCCGCGCUAAAGGUGUGCGUGACCAUCGGCCUGACAAAGAAGGAGAUCGAGAAGUCCGGCACGAUAAUCCGGCACGCGAUCACGAAAGUGAUGAGCAAGAAGAAGUAG